AUCUUUCGGGAGUGCUGGCGUGACCCUAAACCCCACCUUCGAGAUACCCCUCCUGUCUCCCUCGGCGCGCAUGCAACGCGACCUUAAUCGCGAAGUCGUGCGGAGGAUCGCUUGAUGUAGACGGCAAAGCACACCUGAGCUGUAGGUACAUGUAGAGUAGGAGGGCUACCCUUUUCUCUUCUAUCGCUCCUGCCUCUUUCACCCUCUCUCAUUCGCUUCACAACUUGUUCUUCUCACAAGUAGUCACUACCACCACCGAUUCGCUUUCAGCUCAAGACGUGGGAAAAGGGGAAUUGGAACAGACAAGAUGGGUUCCGUAGGAGAAGGAGAGCUCCCGAAAAAGUACAAGGCCGUCGUCUAUGAUGAACCCGGCAAGGUGUCCACCAAGGUGGUCGAGCUUGACAUGCCGGAGCCUGGACCUGGCGAAGUCUUGAUCAACCUCACACAUUCCGGGGUCUGCCAUUCAGAUCUCGGAGUCAUGACCAACCGCUGGGCCGGCCUCCCGCACCCCACCAGUCCCGGCCAGGUCGGCGGCCAUGAAGGCGUCGGCAAGAUCGUCAAGAUGGGUCCUGGCACUGAGAGCUCGGCGGUCAAGGUAGGAGACCGAGUCGGCAUCAAAUGGAUCUCGGCCAUCUGCGGCUCCUGCCCGGCGUGUCUGUCCGGCCACGAUGGGGUUUGCUUCAACCAGAAGGUCAGCGGCUACUACACCCCUGGCACGUUCCAGCAGUAUGUCCUCGGGCCUGCGAGCUACGUGACUCCCAUCCCGGAGUCGCUGGCUUCGGAUAUGGCGGCGCCGAUGUUGUGUGCCGGCGUGACGGUCUACUCCGCCCUACGCAAGAGCAACGCACAGUCCGGUGACUGGGUCGUACUCAUGGGUGCCGGUGGCGGUCUUGGUCACCUGGCCACCCAAAUCGCCUCUCGCGGCAUGGGCAUGCGCGUCAUCGGCAUCGACGCCGGCAGCAAGAAGGACAUCGCCAUGGACUGCGGCGCGGAGCACUUCAUCGACCACACCCAAGGCAACGCGGAAGAAGAAGUCAAACGCAUCACCGGCGGACUCGGCGCACAAGCCGUUCUGGUCCUUACAGCUGCUAACGCCGCCUACGGCAUGGCCAUGACUCUACUCAAGUUCGGCGGGACGCUCGUCUGUGUCGGUUUGCCUGAGGGCGAGCUGAAACCCAUCGCCACGGCUUACCCGCAGAUGUUGGUUGCGAAAGCGCAGAAGAUUGUUGGUGUGGCUGUUGGGGACAGGAGGGAGGCGAUCGAGACGUUGCAGUUGGCUGAGAGAGGGGUGGUGAAGACGCAUUUCCGCACGGCGAAGAUGGAGGAUCUGACGAAGAUCUUUGAGGAGAUGGAUGAGGGAAAGUUGAAGGGACGGGUGGUGUUGGAUUUGAGCUAAGGGUUACACUUCGACUUGCUGAUGCUGAUGGCCGGCUAUCUCGGCGUUGCCGGCGUGAUGGACCCACUCGUUCUCUAGCGUGCUAGAAUGCAGUCCGCUGAUGCCAGCCACAGAGUGUUUCCUGCCUCGAGCAACGCACGUCUGAGGCCGUCUAAGCGC